CCGACAUACCUUAAUCGAAGACGCGUCUGACAAUUGGGUGAGUGGCAUAAUGACCAAUAAAAUGGCCACAUUCGUUACUUGAUCAGCACUUAAAUUUUGAAUGCGCGAUUGAAGAUUAUUAUCAACGUACGAAUUUCAGUUAUCUGAAAUAAUGUCUAUCUCAAAAGUUGUUAAAGAUCUUAAGGGACGCCUUGAUGAAAAAGUCUGUAUUAUUACUGGAGGAGGAAGCGGUAUCGGUUUUGAAGCAUCAGUUCUUUUUGCCCGAGAGGGAGCUGACGUCGUUGUAGUUGAUAUUGAUCUUAAAGCGGCCGAAGCUACUGUUGAAAGAAUUAAGGAAAAAACUGGACCAAUACAUGUUCGUAAACAUGCUAUUGCUAUGAAAUGCGACGUUUCCAAGGAAGCUGAAGUUAAGAAAGUUGUAGAAGACACUCUUAAAGAAUUUGGUAAACUUGAUGUCAUGUUAAAUAACGCGGGUAUUAUGCAUGCUCAUGAUGAUGAUGCUCUCAAUACCGAUGAAAAAGUUUGGGAUCUUACCAUGGAUAUUAAUCUUAAAGGAGUCUGGUUUGGAUGUAAAUACGCUAUUGAAGCCUUCCGAAAAAGGAAGAAUGGUGGUAAUAUUAUUAACAUUGCAAGUUUUGUAGGAUUAAUGGGCUCAGCAACUCCUCAAUUAGCAUAUACCGCAUCUAAAGGUGCAGUUAUAGCAUUGAGUCGGGAAUUAGCAAUUAUUCAUGCACGCGAAAAUAUUCGUGUUAAUGCAUUAUGUCCUGGCCCUUUACGUACUCCAUUAUUAAUGAAUUAUCUUGAUACGGAAGAAAAGAAAAAUAGACGCUUAGUUCACAUUCCAAUAGGAAGAUUCGGUGAACCUAUUGAAAUAGCUAAUGCUGCUUUAUUCUUAGCUUCAGAUGAAUCAACGUACGUUACAGGUGUUGAGUUUAAGGUUGAUGGUGGUCUCACCGCUGCUUAUGUGACACCUGAAGGACCUUGCACUAGCGUACCACCAAAAAACUUUAAAAAAGUUUCGGAAGAAAAGAAUUAAUGAUGAUAAUUGUGAAUUGUAUUAGUGUUUAUUUAAAGUGAAUCAUAUGUAUUUUUAGCAAUAAAAUAAGA